GUGGCUUCCUUCGGAAGGUAUGAACCCCCCAGUUCCCAGCUUUUCAUUAACACGCUUACAAAGCCCACUACCACAAAAAUUCAACAUGCCCGAACGCUACUCACCAGAUAUCGAGAAGAACUUCCACUCCAUCUCCCAAGAGGAUUCCAGUGCGAGUAUCAAUGAGGCCAAUCGUGACGAACUCCCAAGAAUCGGUCGCUGCACAACCUCCGAUGACGGCGAGUGGUUGUACUUGGGUGAUCAGCGCUUCAGACGCGACGAGAUCCAAACUGCGUUUGGUGGUACCUUGAAUACCGGGUUGCGUGCCGCCCCGUCUAGAAAGUUUGCCAAUGUGGCUCCUAUGGGGCUUGCUGCAUUCAGUAUUCCAACAAUGUGUAUGGCGUUUGUGAACUUGGGCGCCACUGGUGGCACCAACAUCAGUGCCUUGAUCGGGGCUGCUUUCUUCCUCGCUGGUAUGGUGGAAAUUCUUGCUGGGAUGUGGGAGGUUGUUAUGGAAAACACCUUUGGGGCGACUGUUUUCACAAUUUAUGGUGCAUUCUGGUUGAGUUACGGGUCGAUCCUUUGCGACUCCUUUGGCAUUAUCGCGUCGUACAAGUCCGCAGCUGAGUUUGACAAGAUGAUGGGGUCUUUCUGUGCCGUAUGGGCGCUUUUCUCCUUCUUGGCCUUCUUGUGCACUCUUAAGACCACCGUUUCCUUCUGCGGUCAGUUCCUCUUCAUUACCUUGAUGUUUAUUGUCUUUACCGUGGUGCAGUUUACCCAAUCCCCGGGCUGGACAAAGACUGCUGGGGUCAUCGGUCUCAUCACCUCCCUUUUCGGGUUUUAUAAUAUGUUUGCGGGUAUGGUUGAUACUGCAAACAGCUAUAUUUUGCUCAGGCCAAUCUUCAUGCCGGGUGCCGAAGUUCCUCGUGCCCACUAAGCGAAUGAAUCUGGGAUUUGGAUUUGACUAUAAGCUGGCCUUGUACGUCUUCCACUGCCAAGGUGUUUAAUUUGUUAUAAGAUUACAGUACUGUUUUAAAUUUAUGUUAGCAGUAGCA